AUGGAGAAUCCACCGUUGUCUUUAAAAUUAUCGUCUUUAUGUUUAAUUUCUCAAUGUAAGCUGGACAGCAUUUUAUCAUUAUGUGGAGACAAAAAAGAUCUUAUCAUUGACCCUUCUCUCAUUAAACCAAUGGAGCGAGUAUGUGGAGUCAAUUGGCUAAGACAACAUGGCAUAGAUAAAAUUUACAAGAUGGAUCCCAACCUUGGAAACACAGCAAAUACAAAUAGAGUAUACUUCAUACCAUCCUGUAUUCACAAGUACAAGUGUGUUUUAGACCAGAUUGCUUCACUAAUUAAUCUAAACUCGUCACUUGCUGAAUUGAAUUGCUUUCACAUAAUAAUAGUCCCUAAAGUGCUUACAAUAUAUGACUCAAUAUUGGAAAGCAAAGGGUUGUACAAUAUAGUGAAAUUACAUACAUUUACUUGGGAGUUUAUGAUGUUGGAUAACCAGCUUUUAAGUCUCGAACUGCCGUUUCUGUUCAAGCAACUUUAUGUUGAACAGAAUCAUUCACUACUCUCAAGUAUAUCAAUGUCUUUAUGGAGCCUGUUUCAUGUAACGGGCAAGCCGAAAGCUGUAUUCUCGAUUGGCAAACUUUCUGCAAGUGUUCUAGACAUGUUAGAGAUUUACAACGAGACUUAUGCACGAGGAUUUCUUGAGAAGGAGAGCUCAAAAGACAUCGGCGCACUUGUGAUAGUAGAUAGAAAUCAAGAUUAUGCUUCAAGUUUGCUGACACCUGCAACGUACAGUGGUCUUCUUAGCGAAUUGUUCACUGUUAACUGUGGAAACCUAGAUUUGAAUGUCAAGGAAACAAAAUUAAAAAAAGGUAAACUGGAUUUUGGCUUUGAAGAUGAAGGUGGACCUUCUAAACAUGCAGUCAUUAUGUUAGAUAGUUCAAUAGAUAAUUUGUAUGGCGAAAUCAAACACAGACAUUUCUCUGAAGUUUUAAGUGUUUUAAGCUCAAAAGCUAAGUUGUUGAAGAAUGAAGAUAUAAAGGCUUUAGGUAUACAAGAAAUAAAACAUUUUGUGGCAACAAAACUGCAACAGAUAACUUUGUUCAAGCAAAAUUUAGUCAAUCAUGUGUUAGCUUGUGAGACAAUUAUAUCAGAAAUGAGCAACAAGUAUGAAAAUUUAAAACUAGCUGAAACAGAAAUGCUGAACAACAAAAAUAAGAAAUCAAAUUUCCAAUUUGUCGAUGAGAAUUUUGGCACUGAUAUCCACAUAUAUAAUAGUUUACGACUAAUGUGUUUGUUGAGUUUAACACAAUCUCUUACGUAUGAUGAAUACAAUACAUUGGUAACAAAGUAUUUACUUGCAUUUGGAUACAAGUAUUUGUAUGUCUUUAAUAACUUAAUAAAUGCUGGGUUACUAGUGCAGCCUUCUAGUCCAAAACUAUCUUUAAACAUUUCGAACCUCGGUAACCUUAGUGACAGACUACCAAAGUGGCAGAAUGAGUUUCAGAGCAAUGCUAAUAAGUUAAAGCAGUUGCCGUCUCAAGCAGACAAAGAUAGCAAGUCUUCACCGAGUUAUGUCUUCAAUGGAAGCUAUAUACCUCUGAUUGCUGUGCUCUGCCAAGCAAUGCUUACAUCGGAAACUUUAGCUGAGCUUAUAAUGAAAUUGUCAUCAUUAUCCGAGUUGAGGGUAGGUGGAAAAAUACUUGAUAAGCUCAAAGUUGGAAUGGAAACUUUAAACGAAAAAUUAUCGAACUUAAAACUGCAAAAUGAUUUGGAAUUUGGUUGCAAAGAUGUAAAGGGACUGGCAAAGUUGUUGAAGAGUGAUCCAAAUAUUGGUAAUUGUUUUCCUUUGAAGCCUAAAUCAGUGUUAGUUUAUGUGAUUGGUGGCGUGAACUAUGCAGAGAUAGCAGCUUGUGAUGUGAUACAAACUAUAACCGGAAGUAAGAUAUAUGUGACCAGUGAUUGUGUGCACAGUGGAGCGGAAAUGAUAGGAUCUGCUACAUAA